UAACAUUUAUUGUCAAAAGUCAAAAUCCUAACCUAUAAUUAUUGUAACAACAAUGAAUGCGAUUUGCUCCUCGAUCAAAUUGAUCCCUUCAAAUUUAAGUAAUUUGGGGUCUCUGAGAAAUUACGCAUUUAAAAGUGAUUUAAAAAUAAAAUGGACAAAACCGGAAAAAAUCGCAUGCUUCAGACCGGAAAAAAGCGGUGAUUUAGAGGGUAUGCCAGACAUUGAUAAAUCAAGAUACCCGUUACAAUUCAAGAACUGCAAAGAGUUGGAAAACGCCGACGAAAAUGUGAAAAGAUUGUUUUCCCUGCAGUUUCAUCGCAGGUCACAACAUACAAAUGUUUACAUCAAUGAUAUGAUGGAUCAAGUGCGAAGACAUCCUAUGGACAAAGGAUCAAUGGAAGCUAGAAUUGCCAGGUGGACAGGAGCUAUUAGGUCACUCCAAAUCCAGAUGGAUGUGCAUCCAAGAAACAAGAAAGCCAAAGUUAAUUUGAAGGAGUUGAUUGAGAAACGUAACAAACAUCUGAAGUAUUUAAGAAACUGGGAUUACAGGAGGUUUGAGUGGCUUUUGGAGAAUCUACAGAUUGCCUAUAAACCAGUUCCAUCCGAGUAUGAAAGAGUCAGCAGGAAAGGCUCUCUGACUAAGCUAACUCAAAUUUAUUGCGAUAAUGUUGUCCAGGAAAGGUUGGAUACUUACAGAGAACAAUUACAGGAAGAACAACCAAAGUUUUUGGAAGAAAAGAUUAAUACAUUGGAAUUCCUCCAACAAGAGCAGAAGGACUGUGGUGUUGAAGUUACAAUAACCCAAGAAGAUAUUGACAAAGUCAAGGAAAAGUUGAAGGUACUUCUUGAAGAGAAAGCAAAAAAAGCAGAGGAUCUUGAAUGAGCAACUGUAUAUUCAAUUAGUUAAAAUAAAAUUUAUUAUUUAUAAAUA